CUUGAGUGUGUGUGCGCGCGCGCACACACAGAGGCGAGCGUUUGUGUGUGUGGUACGCACGCGUAUGUGUGCGCGCGUGCGUGUCUGUGUGUGUGGAGCAGCAGCAGCGGCCAACACACACACUUUCACUCACAACAUGGCGAUGAAGCGCCGAGAGACACGACGGCUCGCCGCCGAUUAACGGGAUACCUGCUCGCUCUGCACACUCCAGGAUGAGUAUCCAAACACCGCUCGGUUAACACAUAUUCCUCCUCUGCGCACCACUGGAGACGAUCGCUCGUUUUCCGCACAUGCAUGCUCGCGAAACGGCGGAGCUGAUUGUACACACUCACGCUGCUGUUACCCCUCUGGUGGAUAUCAAAGGCUUUACAUGGCGGUGAACAAUCUCCUGGUGUUGUGUCUACUUUCGCUGGCGUUGUACGGUCAAUCCAAGCAAGAGAAGCCCCUCUCGGUGGAGCUGAGCUGCGGCGCCGGCCCCGUCCAGGUGGUUCUGGAGCCGACCGCACGCCUGCUGCUGGACUGCAGCCUGGGCUCCAGCGAGAUGCCCUACAACGUCACCUGGCUGAGGGAGGGCCGGCCGCUAGCCCCGGACCACCGGGACCACCGGGAGCAGCUGGACUACCCCGACCCCCGCGACCCCCGGGACCACCGGCAGCAGCUGCCCAACGGGUCCCUCCUCCUGUCCCCCGGCAGCCCGGGCGUGGAGGGGGGGUACAGCUGUAUGAGCUCCAGCGCCCUGGGGACCCUGACCAGCCGGACCCUGACCGUGCUCCUGGCAAACCUGUCUGAGUUCCACACGGACCCGCAGCCGCAGCGUGUGCCAGUAGGGGGCGCAGCCCGCUUCGAGUGCCAGAUCAGGGGAGUGCCCACACCUGUGAUCACCUGGGAGAAGGACGGAGAACCGGUCCCUCAGGAGACAAGGUUUGUGUCCCUGCCCAAUGGGGUGCUGCAGAUCUUGGAGGUCACCGAGGGCGACGGGGGGCCGUACCGCUGCGUGGCGUCCAACUCAGUGGGGCGUCGCCCCAGCGGUGAUGCAGUCCUCACCGUCACUACAGAUUCCACACAAGCCCUGAGCAAAGUGGUGAUCGUGGCGCGGCCGCAGAACGCCACUGUGGUGCUGGGACGUCCUGCGGUGAUGGAGUGCAUGGCUCAAGGCCAGCCCAAGCCACUGGUGUCCUGGAGCAGACAAGACGGAAAGCCCAUCUCCACGGACCUCGUCGUCGUAGCAACCAACCUGGUCAUCAGAGACACGAGACGUCAACAUGCAGGUGUUUACGUCUGCCGGGCCAACAGACCCAAGACCAGAGAGUUCGUGAUCGCCGCCGCGGAGCUUCACGUCUCGGCCCCUCCGGUGAUCCUCCAGCCCCCCGAGGCGGUGUCCCUCUCGCGGGGCAACACGGCGCGCUUCAUCUGCAACAGCUCCGGGGAGCCGCCCCCGACGCUGCACUGGCUGCGGAACGGCCGGCCAAUCCGCUCCUUCCGACGGGUGAAGACCCAGAGCCCGGGCAUCCUGCUCAUCAACCAGCUGGCCGUGGAGGACACGGGCUACUACCAGUGCAUCGCCGACAACAGCGUGGGCACGGCGUGCGCCACGGCCAAGCUGACGGUCAUCGUGAGGGAGGGCCUGCCCAGCUCGCCUCGCCACCUGCUGGCCGUGCCCUCCUCCAGCACCAGCGUGCUGCUCACCUGGGAGCGACCCCAGCACAACUUCGACCAGGUCAUCGGCUACUCGGUGCACUACCAGUGUGUGGCAGGUGAGCACCGCCACCUAGCCGUGUGUCUUGUAAAUGGUCAUUGGACUGCAUUUAUAUAUCUCUCUCCAGGACCCUCCACACCCCCAGAGGACGUCCAGCUGAACGCGCUGGACUCCUCCUCUGUGCUGGUGCGCUGGCGCCCCCCGCUGGAGGCCAACGGUAUGAUCGUGGGCUACUUCAUCCUGUACAGCAGCAACCUCAGCCAGCCGCAGCAUCUGUGGAGCAAUCUCUCGCAGGACGGGACCCUCACCAGUGUGGAGGUGCAGGGCCUUUCCAGUGACACACGCUACUUCUUCAAGAUGGGAGCCUCCACCAAGAUGGGCGACGGGCCCUACUCCCCCUUGAAGGCCGUACACACGCCCCCUCUAAACUAUGAGCUGGACGUCCACGCGGUGACGGGCAUCAUCGUGGGCGUGUGUCUGGGGCUGCUGUGUGUCCUACUCUGCAUGUGUUUCAGCUUCCGCAACAGCAAGACCCGAGAGGUGACGGGGGGGCUAGGCUCCACGGCCGCGUCCCCUCGCUGCAGAAGGGCCGGGCGAUUGCCCCCCGCCACCGAGCCAGAGUGCACCGACUCCCACGAGCUGGAGACCCUGAUGCCCCUGAGCGGCCCCCAGGGGGCGGGGGGCCCUCUGGCAGGGGCCCCAGAGGAGCAGGGGCUGUUGGCCGGGCUGGACCCCGGGGGGGCCGAAGGUCACCCUGCGUCUGAGGCCAAGGUCACAUGGAACGGCUCUGUGAGUCGUAAUUGGGCUAACAGAAUCACCAGAUACAGAGAGACCAUGGCAGAAGACUCUCCAAUACUUAUAAAUGGAGCUCUCAAAAUAUUACCCGAUGAAAUUAACAAGGCGGCGGAGGACCCUCUCAGCGCGGCCGUCUGCAGCAACACCGUGGAGGCCCAGGUCAUCGUCCACCUGGAGCUGGACGACCCCGACAAGGGGAAGAGGGGGGGCGAGGGGGAGGAGCAGGAGGAGGAGUACUCUCCCCUAGGCCCGCCUCCUCCUCCUCAUACCGGGGAAGAGGACGCUCUCCUCGCCCACGCAUUGGCCCAAAGCGUUUCCCCGCCCUCCCUGGAUGCGUCGGUGGCCAAUCACAGCGGGGAGUCGGAAACGGGCUCCUCCCACGCGGACACGCAGCUGCACCGGGGGGAGGGGCUGACCAACGGCUUCCACCCCCCCCGGACCCCCCCGACCCCCCGGACCCCCCCGACGCAGCCGCCGCCAGCGGUGAAGCUGGAGCCCCUGGAGAACGGGGCCCAGAGACACCGGCCCCCCGCCCUGGCCAAGGGCCUCUCCGCCGGGCUGGCCCCCUCCCCCGCCCCCUUCGUCCACUCUACCUCCACAGAACACGGCUACCUGUGCCCAUAGCCUGUGUAGGGAGACUGACAAACCACUUACACACACACACACACACACACACACACACACACACACACACACACACACACACACACACACACACACACACACACACACACACACACA